AAACAUUUGGUGAAAAGUGUAUUGAGCGCAAUCAGAAAGACCCCUGUGGGUUUGGCUUCAUACACUGUUGGACUUGAAUCUCGCCUUGAAGAAGCGACAAAAAUGUUGGAUGUUAAAUCCAAUGGAAUCCGAGUUUUGGGAAUUCAUGGCAUGGGCGGGGUUGGCAAGACAACCCUCGCUACGGCUCUCUUCAACAAAGUUGUUGGACACUUUGAGCACCGCAGUUUUGUAUCGAGUGUCAGAGAAAUUUCGGCUCAAGAGGAUGGUCUUGUAUCUCUUCAAAACAAACUCAUUAAGGACCUUUCCAACGGUAGUGAUGUAGAUGAUGUUAAUCAUGGAAUUGCUUCAAUCAAACGGAUAGUAAAUGAGAGGCGAGUUCUAGUGGUUUUGGAUGAUGUUGACAAUGUAAGCCAACUAAAUGCGGUAAUGGCUAAAAGAAAGUGGUUUUAUGAAGGAAGUAGGAUUAUUAUUACCACUAGAGAUCAAGAAGUUUUACAACAACCGCUUGUGGAUAUGAAGUAUGAGGUCAGAGAAUUGGAUACAUCUGAGGCGCUAAAACUUUUUAGUUACCAUGCACUAAGAAAAGAGAAACCAACAGGUAUGUUCUUCAAGCUGUCCGAGCAAAUUGUGUUGUUAACCGGAGGGUUACCGUUGGCUCUAGAAGUGUUUGGUUCUAUGCUUUUUGACAAAAGGAGGAUAGAGGAAUGGAAAGAUGCGCUACAGAAACUGAAGCAGAUUCGACCGGCAAAUCUUCAAGACGUUUUGAAGAUCAGCUAUGAUGCGCUAGAUGAGCAAGAGAAAUGCAUAUUCCUUGACAUCUCGUGUCAGUUUGUUACGAUGGGAAUGGAUAGAGAUUAUGCAGUUGACAUUCUGAAGGCGUGUGGUUUUGGGGCCGAGACAGCAAUCACAGACCUCACGGCAAAAUCGCUCAUUAAGAUUACUGAAGAGAAUACUCUGUGGAUGCAUGACCAAGUUAGAGACAUGGGAAGACAAAUUGUUUGGCAUGAAAAUCCGCUUGAUCCUUGCAUGCGUAGCAGACUGUGGGACCGUGAUGAUAUCAUGACUGUCUUCUUGGAUGAUGAGGUAAAAAUUAUACUAUAG